GAGCCGCAGAUGAAGGGAAUCACUUUCAGGCCGAGAUUAGGCGAGAGAGGAGCUCGUUUAAGGCGCGAUAGGCGAGCCGGGUCAAAAGUAGCUAUCAGGGGGGAGGAUCAGAGAUAAGACAGCGACAGCAACUGGGCGGCAGAGCUGCUCUUCAAAGGACAGGCUGCUUGAAGGGGGUUGUUGGGAAUCGGCUCCCCCCGCUUACCUUUUCUCUAGGAUUUUUCCUUGUGGGUUUUUUUUUUAAGUAUUGUUUGCUUCGAUCUCUUUCAUCAUGAAAGUUUGCCUGUUAAAGCGUUGUGAACUGCAAUGGAAUCCAGAUCUAAGGAUUCAAGCACAAACUUUCUUGGGGGCAAGUCCGCUUGACCUCUGGGCCUUACUUCCGAAUGUACACGCACAGGUUUGAGCUGCAAAUGUGCUUGAAAGCUGCCGUGGCUGCAACAGCUUGGGAGGAUUAGCCGAGUUCUUCAUGUCCCACUUCCAACCCUUGCUGUCCAACUUCGUGGCUUGCUCUGAUUCUGCCCUACCAGCUACUUUGAGGGAUACAAAAUGUACCAGAGCUUAGCUCUUGCCCCCAACCCUGGCCAAUCUGCAUACUCCCACGAUUCCAGCAAUUUCCUGCACUCGCCAGCCAGCCCAGCUGUGUACGUGCCAACUAGCCGGAUGCCUACCAUGCUCCAGAGCCUACCUUACCUGCAGAGUUGUGAACCUGCCCACCAGGGCCAUCCCCUGAGCAGCCACCCAGGGUGGGCGCAGCCAGCCAAUGCUGAGGCAUCGCAUUUCAAUGCUAGCAGCCCUCACCCACCCUCAGGUUUCUCUUACUCUCACAGCCCCCCUGGUGGUAGUGGCACCGGACGAGAUGGAGGCUACCAGAGCCCCCUGUUGCUGGGUGCCGGGGGACAUGACCAGUAUGGCAAUGCUCUGGUGCGUUCGGUCAAUGGAUCCUACUCUAGCCCUUAUCCAGGUGCUUAUGUCAGCCCUGCGGAGAUGCCGCCAUCUUGGACCACAGGGCACUUUGAGAGCAGCGUCUUGCACAGCCUUCAGACGCGGCAGGGGAGCUUGCCUGGCCGGAGACCCACGUUUGAGUUCCUGGAGGAAUUUCCUGGAGAUGGCAGAGAAUGCGUUAACUGUGGGGCCAUGUCCACCCCACUCUGGAGGAAAGAUGGGACAGGGCACUACCUGUGUAAUGCCUGUGGUCUCUAUCACAAAAUGAAUGGCAUUAACCGGCCACUCAUCAAGCCACAGAAAAGGCUGUCCUCGUCUAGACGGGCUGGUCUCUGCUGCACUAACUGCCACACAACCAACACAACACUCUGGAGACGGAAUGCAGAAGGGGAGCCGGUCUGCAAUGCAUGUGGAUUAUACAUGAAACUCCAUGGGGUACGGAGUUGGUUUGUACCAAGACCUCUGGCAAUGAAAAAGGAAAGCAUCCAGACAAGGAAGAGGAAACCAAAAAACAUCACCAAAGGCAAAUCCUCAACAGGGUCCACGACUUCAACCACCAAUUCCCCUUCCUCCAUCACAAAUUCUGAAAGCACCGUCACUUUAAAAACGGAACCCACUGUAACAUCGCAAUAUCCAGGACAAUCCAUUGUCUCAGGUUCCCAGGGUCCAAGCCAAUCUGAAGAGGCACUGACUGAUAGCCACACCCAGUUCAAGUACGAGCCAGAGGACUAUGCCUUCUCUUCAGCCACCAUGCCCCAGCAGUCAGGACUAAGGGUCCCCCUUCGCCAAGACUCGUGGUGCGCCUUGGCACUGGCCUAAGAAACUAGUCUUCCAUUUUUUAAAAAAAUGAAAACACUCUGCUGAAGAGCCUGUUGCUCCUCUGACGUCGAUGGAUAAAAGGACCUUCCUGCCCUAGUAGUUUGGGUCUGAGAGGUUUCCUGAAAUCAGCGCAGUUCUGUGUUUUCUAAACGCUGGUUUCUUUUUUUCCAUGGAGGCCACAUCAUUUGAACACCAGUUGAGUAUGGCCAAUUGCCACCUUCUUGACACAUCAGACUCUCUUCGGGUGCUUCUUCCUCUCUGAAACAUUUUUUAACUCUUACCCAUGCCAAUCGAAAGCAGGAGAAAUUGGGACCUGUGUUCUUGGGAAGGAGGUCUAUGUCUUCCCUCUGAUCCAUUUUAAAGAAAUAAAUCUCAGAAUCUAUGCUUUGUUCACAGUGAUUUCGCCCCCCACCUCUUUUUAUGGCUCCCCUGUGUGCAAUUUUACUCCACUUCCCAAUAAAGACUAUAACAGAAUGUGGCACCAAGUAACUUAAUUUUAUUAAAAUGUAAAUAGUCUUGCCUUCCUAAUGUUUAUUGAUGGUGGCAAGGCAAAGAGGAGAGAAGGGGGGGAACCUGUUUUGAAACAUUUGCUGUUUUGUAUUAAAAAAAAAUCAUCCUAACAGUGUGUUAGCUUCUGGAGUGUCUAAUUUAUCACCAUUUAAAAAUAAAUCACAUGUCGAAACUC